AUGUCGGCGGCGGCCAAGGGAACCACGUGCGGCGGACGGCGCGGCCCAUGCGCGUGCCGGGCGGAGGGCCCGCGCGGCAGGCUGAGCGUGUGGCGGGUGGAGCAGCUGCCAGGGGUCAGCACCCAGCAGGAGGCGGAAGAGAAGCUGCGGUGCUGGGCGCGAGCCGGGCAGCACGACUUGGCGGCCCUGCUCAACCACGCGGACCGCUCGGCGGCGGUGUGGUCGAGCGUGCCGGACCUGGGGCGGCGGCUGGAGGCGGGCGCGCGGGCCUGCGGGCAGAGGCUCAACGUGCAGCCGGGCGCGGAGACGCGCGCGUGGCUCGUGCGAGGCUGCGACCCGCCCGCAGACAGCCACCGGCGCGCCGUGGCCGCGGUGCGCGCGUGGAGCGGCGAGCCGGCGCGCGCCUUCGUGCUCAGGUUCGAGUGCCGCGAGAGGCCCUUCGUGGUGUGGUCGACGCGCCACGGGUUCGGCGACAGGCUGCUGGCGGGCGCCGCGGCGCGCGGCGUCCUUCUGGACGUGAGGCCGACCUUCCUCCCGCCGCAGCAGCCCCAGAUGACGGUGUCCAAGGCUCAGAAGAACGAUGAAGUUCUGCCGUGAUGCCUGCAAGCGAAGAGUU